CACCACCAUGUCUAGAAAGCCAGUGGGGCAGCAACGUACGCAUUUCACUAGGCAGGCUCACCACCGCAUAGAGGAGCGAGUGAGCACCCUCCCCAAUAAACGGCAACGCAACGAAUUUACUGAAACCAACCACCCGACAAAUUGCCUCCAAAACCACCAUGUCAUAUGAUGGAUUCCCUCCUUUCAUCUCCGCUCAACUCCAGUACCUCCUCAAUCACUAUCCUCACACGAUCCAGAUUGAGCAGGCACGGUCAGGCACCAGGUACUUCCCUGGAAGUCUUGAUCGAUUCACAUUGCUCAUUCCUUACUGUUUAGACUACAUGAAAUGGGAUGUUAUAUACAAUGCUGAAUUUCCAUUAGCUGCACCGGAUGUUAUAUUUGGUGCUGAGGAUGAAGAUUUCCAUCCCUUUCAUGUCCUAUGCGGUGAGGACGGGGAUUCGAGGCUAGUUAAGAACAGUUUGACCGAUUGGAACAAUAAAGAUCCUACGCGGCUGUUGGCUCUCGUAAUUGAAUUGAGGGAUAAAUAUAGGUCUUACCAGGAGAAACGAGUGGGAGAAGUUGAUGAUGAUAGGUUGAAGUUUGAGAUUAGUACUAUUGUGUCCAGGGAGGGAAUUGAAAUGCAUAUGAGUUCCGGUGUUGACAAGCCAGAAGAGGUUAAGUUUGCAGUGCCUUUAAUGAACAUGAAUAUAAAUAAAAUGGUGCCUGCAUGCCCCUGGAGACAUCCACAAAAGAUAUACUUACAGGUUAUAUAUCCUGUUGGUAGAAAGUAUGCAUCUCCCUCAGCACCUCGUCUGAAAUUAAUGUGCACUCCUGAGUUGAAAGCCCUGUUUUCCAUUGAUGAUGUCAAACUGCCUUCAUGGGUAGAUGGAAUGUGCAUGGCUGAAUAUCUUCCCCACCUGGAAGAACUGCUUCAGAGACAGGUCUUAGAGGCAGUUACUCUAAUUGAUGUUAGAAGGCAGUUUAUCGAGGCAUUAGCCCCACUGCUUGGAAGGCCACUAGAAGCUGAUCCAGUUUUUUGCAGAAAGGCUUCUUUUCUUGUCUGCUCUGGACCCUUUACGAUCAUGCUGCAUGUUUUCCUUUCAACCAACUUUCCAAAACAGCAGCCUUCUCUGAUGUUUCAAAGUACACAGCAUUUCAAUUCCCUUGGCAUGCCAGUCAAGUCGCCUCUCAUUACAGAGUAUCCAUGGAGUCCUAGAUGGGAAACCUCACAAAUGGCUGACCGGAUCUCUGACUUUUUGGCGGAUGAGUCGCUAAAUUUCAAAAGGCACUGCAACGAAUCUCACCUUCAACACUGAGCAAUGUGUUGAGAACCUGUUAUCUUUCCUUGAUGCACAGCAGCCUACACCAUUCAAGUUGUCCAAAAUCGCUUCAUGAAUUAGUACCAUGUUCAAUCAUGGUGGAGUAAUACGGUCAUCACUCAUCCCGUGUUGUAAUUGGUUCGGUGUUAAGUAUCCUUUUCAUUUUAUUGUGAAAGCAGUGAAAAACCUACUGGUACUAUCCUCUUUUCGUUUUAACACAUGAUUUGCGCUGUAAAGUUCAGUGGCAGACUGUUGAAAUGGAAAAGAUGGCCAUUCAUGGUGUCUGCAUUAAAGUU